CGCGCGCGCCCCGGGCGCCCGAGCCAGGCUGGCCGCGUCGCCGCUCAGGAUGGCGCGGAAGGUGCCGCGGGCCGAGGUGUGCGCCGACUGCAGCGCCCCAGACCCUGGCUGGGCAUCUAUCAACCGUGGCGUUCUGGUCUGUGAUGAAUGUUGCAGCGUCCACCGCAGCUUGGGGCGCCAUAUAUCCAUUGUCAAACACCUUCGGCACAGUCCCUGGUAUGCCACCUUGUUGCAGAUGGUGCAUACCCUUGCAAGCAAUGGUGCCAAUUCUAUAUGGGAGCACUCCCUGCUCGAUCCGGCACAAGUGCAGAGCGGGAGGCGCAAGGCAAACCCCCAGGACAAAGUCCACCCCACCAAGUCCGAAUUCAUUCGUGCCAAAUACCAGAUGUUGGCCUUUGUUCACAAGCUUCCGUGCCGGGACGACGACGGCGUGACCGCCAAGGACCUCAGCAAGCAACUGCAUUCAAGCGUCCGGACAGGGAAUCUGGAAACCUGCCUGCGCCUCCUCUCCCUGGGGGCACAGGCCAACUUCUUCCACCCGGAGAAGGGGACCACGCCGCUGCACGUCGCUGCCAAAGCAGGGCAGACCCUCCAGGCCGAGCUGCUGGUGGUGUACGGAGCAGACCCCGGGGCCCCUGACGUGAACGGACGGACCCCCAUCGACUACGCCAGGCAGGCAUCCCAACAUGAACUGGCCGAGCGGUUGGUGGAGUGCCAGUACGAGCUGACGGACAGGCUGGCUUUCUACCUCUGUGGCCGGAAGCCAGACCACAAGAAUGGGCAUUACAUCAUCCCGCAGAUGGCUGACAGCUUGGACCUCUCUGAGCUAGCAAAGGCAGCCAAGAAGAAAUUGCAGGCGCUCAGCAACCGUCUCUUUGAGGAGCUAGCCAUGGAUGUGUACGACGAGGUGGACCGCCGCGAAAACGAUGCAGUCUGGCUCACAACACAGAACCACAGCACUUUGGUGACGGAGCGCAGCGCAGUUCCCUUUCUUCCGGUAAACCCCGAAUACUCAGCAACACGCAAUCAGGGGCGCCAGAAACUCGCUCGCUUUAACGCCCGGGAAUUCGCCACUCUCAUCAUCGAUAUCUUAAGCGAGGCAAAGCGCCGGCAGCAGGGCAAAGGCCUCACCAGCCCCACAGAGGCUCUGGACUCCUCUCUCCACGGCCCGAGUGACCUCGACGACCAGCACGACUACGACAGCGUUGCCUCGGACGAGGACACGGACCAGGAGCCGCUGCGCAGCGCCAACGCCGGUCGCAACAACCGUGCCCGGAGCAUGGACUCUUCGGACCUCUCGGAUGGGCCCAUCACACUGCAGGAGUACUUGGAGGUGAAGAAGGCGCUGGCCGCCUCGGAAGCGAAAGUGCAGCAGCUGAUGAAGGUGAACAACAGCUUGAGCGAUGAGCUGCGGCGGCUGCAGAGAGAGAUCCACAAGCUGCAGUCGGAGAACAUGCAGAUCCGCCAGCAGGCGGGGCCUGCCCACCCCAUGGCCCCGCCCCCGAGCGAGCGCCCCGAGCACAGCCACGGUGCCUCCACGGCCGCCGGAUCCCACCGGCGCGACCGCCACGCCUUUUCCAUGUACGAGCCGGGCGCCAGCGGACUCAAGCCCUUCGGGCAGCAGCCAGUGGACGACCUGGUCAGCCGCCUGCAGCCGCUGCACCCCGGGGACAUGGAUGAUGAUUCCCUCUAUUCCAUUCACAAUCAAGCCAGCUCCUACCGAAUCCGGAAGGGCGGCUCUGUCUCGUCGAUGCCUUUCCCACCGUCUUCUCCGCUUGUGUCGUGCCCACCGGAGAGCGGACGUCACAUGACUGGAAAACUCGACCGACAUGGCAGCGGCACCGACAGCGAUUAUGACAACACGCAGGGAGGGGAUUUGCCACUUAGCAGCAUGGAUGGGAAACGCUUCCUGGACCUAGCCAAGGAUGACGAUUCGCACCCGGAACCUGAACCACUGGAAGGGGACCUCGAUCCAGGGCUGCCCAGCACCGAGGAUGUUAUCCUCAAGACGGAGCAGGUUACCAAGAACAUCCAGGAACUCCUCCGGGCCGCCCAAGAGUUCAAGCACGACAGCAGCUUCGUCCCCUGUUCGGAGAAGAUCCACGCCGCCGUCACGGAAAUGGCGUCGCUUUUCCCCAAGAAGCCCGCCUUGGAGACGGUCCGUAGCUCCUUGCGACUGCUGAAUGCCAGUGCCUACCGGCUGCAGAGCGAAUGCCGCAAGACCGUCCCCCCCGAACCCGGCGCCCCAGUGGACUACCAACUCCUGACGCAGCAGGUCAUCCAGUGUGCCUACGACAUCGCCAAGGCCGCCAAACAGCUGGUCACCAUCACCACCCGGGAGAAGAAGCAGUGAGACGAGGGGACACCCCCUCCUCCUCCCCCCCCCCACCAUGCCACACCGCUGCCCUACCCCCACCCCCGCUCCAGCCGUCAGAUCCUGCAGCUGCCUGGAAGUGUCCUUUGCCUGCACCGCCUGUUGCACCUCGUGACUAUAGACCAAUGGGGCAGGAUCAGGGCGGGCGCUGCGGGAGGUGGGGCGCGGUGUGGGGCGCCCUGUGCAGUGAGGACAAACUUUGGUCAUGUAAAUACUCCGUCUCUCUCUACCCUGACGGGGACCCUCCCUGCCCCCUAACUCCUCUCGCCUCCCCAUAUAUCGUGCGUGGAACUGUAUGUAUGUGUAACCCCGCCUCCUGCGUGUAUAUAUAUGUAUAUGUAUAUGUAUAUAUAUAUACAUAUAUAUCACGAAAUGUAUUUAUCUCACAAACGACCCUUCUCCCCAAUAGUGUUAACACUGGAAUAGCAAUUAUCUCAGACGGCUGUCCCCGAGGUGGGGACCACCAGAUGUGUUGGGACUACAAUGCCCAGCAUGUUGGGCUUUGUAGUCCUAACACAUCCGGUGGGCCCCAACUCAGGGGGAAGCAGGUCGAGAUGUUGCAGAGGUUGGCAUUGUGCCCCUGCCUGCCUUUUGCUGUACCACUUCUACCCGUCCUGCUACGUGAUCCCCUUCUUUGCUCUCUACAGGGCGGGCAUUGCCCCAUAGCAGGGACCGGCAGCCGGCCUUCAGCUGUGGCUGCUACUAGGAGCCCCCCACAAAACCCCCCUAAAAUUAGCUACAACAUCGAGGCCAGUGAUGGAGUCUGGUGGGGACGGGGUGGGGGGGGCACCAUUGCCGGAGGGGUUCCGGACGUCUGGGCACAGUGCUGGAAUCUUGUUUGUUCUGUAAAUUUGUAACAAUUAAAGAUGUGAGCAA